AUGCGCAGCAGACAGCGACACCUCAAGAGCUUCGCCGUAGUGACGGCCUACCAGUGCCGUAGUGCGUCGGGAUUGAGGUGGUACAGUUCGGCGCCACCGCAGCAAUCGCCCAAGACCCGCCGAGUGCUCUUUGGCCUCGAAACCGAUGCGAGCACACUGCUGUGGGGUGGCGGCUUGCUCGUGUUGGGCCUGGGCUCCAUCUAUGGGACCUACUACAAGAUGCAACGGGAUGAGCGACGGGAGCAGAGGCGACUCGAGCGCAAGGAGACGCGGGACAAGAUCGUGGGCACCGUGUUGGACAAGUUCGGCAACAAGACGACCAACGCGAGCGCCAAGAGCCAGCACGCUGCUGCUGAGACCGCUGCCACCCAAGAAGAAGAAGAAGAAGACGACAAGCGACGGUCCGCCACGCCGCCGACAGAGAAGAAGGAAGAGUCUGUGGAGGGGCAGCACAAGGCGAAAGAGGGCGUGAGGGAAAAGCUGCGCUCCCUUCGCCACAGCAAGCGCCCGAGCAGCGAAGAGUAA